AAGUCCCAUGUCGCAGGGCGUGGCCCAAGGCGGAGCACGUGUGGCGCCAACUUUCGAAGAAGCGCAUCUCAUCCAGAAAGGUGAAAUCCUAGUGACGACUGCGACAAACACCGGUUGGACUCCAUACUUUCCGCUGUUGGCUGGAAUUGUGACCGAGAUUGGCGGUCCUCUGUGUCACGGCGCCAUUGUGGCCCGCGAGUACGGCUUGCCUUGCGUGGUAGGCAUCGAGGGAAUAACCACGAUGAUCGCCACUGGAGAUUUUCUUCAGCUGGAUGGAAACACGGGCGUUUUGAGAAAAAUUUCAGUUCCCCGUAUCCAAGAUGAUUGAAGUCCCCUGCAGAAGAGCGGCACAAAUAUGAUUCACUUUUACAAAUAUUUCUGCAUGGAAACGCUGCAGAAUCGAGCAUCUGGACUGUGUACACCAAUCAACCUAUCAUUCAGCUUUAUUAAAGGAGUGUUUGACCAUUUUCGGAUUAUUGCUUUUUUCUCGAAAGGUGCUUCCAGUUCGAGAACGGCAGAUCCCCGUGCUGGCCACUUCCUCUCGGGCCGCGUCGUCACAGACGCAUCCGGGUGCACGCGCUCAUCGACGUCCGUUGUUCGGAAUCCGCCGCCCUCGUGCAGCGUGCAUUCGGCACACAGCUGCAGCUGAUCAGAAAUAAUCCGGAGUGCCCGGCUACGGCGUAUCUGAUAAUGAGAUCGUGGUUUUAGCUCAUAAAAGCGGAGGAUGUAAUUUUAUGUUCUUUAACGUGCCACCAACGGGGCGCUGAAGUGCUAUUGCGGGCAUGCCAAAGGACUCUCAUAAAGCUAACUGAAGCAUAAUGAACAGAAUAACAAUUAUUUUAAAUAAUGCUAGAGGCAUACUUGAUGGAAUAGGUAAGACAAAGGGAGAUCGAGCUAAUUGUGAACUAACUAUGGAAGCUUCAUAUGCAAAUCUCCAUAAUGCGUUUUUUUUUUCUCUCUGACCUGUCCAGACCUUCCUUCAGCUUCCAGUCUUGAUCUUCAUUUUUUUGUGUGUGGCGUUCCAUCACGCCGUUAUAUGAAGUGUCCAUUUCACGUUACCCAAAGGCCGGAACUAGUUAAACCACACGACGUUCAUCGAUCAGUAGUUUUCCCGGAAUGCCUUUAAUCCUUCGCAUUCAGACACGAGGUGGUGAUCACUAGGAGUUAAUUUCUUUGCGAACGCAUGUACAAGGGAGGCAACGGCGGUCGGGGUUGUUGCGUUACCUUCGAAACUGACGUAAGUCGAUGACGUCGUCUGUCGUGGCACACCCUGCUCCGGCAUUAUUUCAAAAGGAUUUGUAUUUUUCAGG